AUGGCUCAAGUACUUCAUAUGAAUGCUGAGGUUACUUCCACUUCGCUUCCUCAAUCAUAUGAUACACUCAUGACAUUGAAAGCCGAUCAAACUAUUCGAACAUCAGACAAUCUAAACAAUCUAAUUCUUUCUAUAAUCAAUCCUCUUCUCAACAUACACUCUAGAAUAACAGCUUCAUAUUCUGAUCAUCAAUCAUCCUUCACAUUUACUGAGGUAGACCCUAUUGAUACUGUUAAUGAAGGACUUGAUCAACUUUUAUCGAUCUUAAACCUUUUGGAUAAUGAUUUCAUUCGACCUACUCAUAAGCUUUCAAAGUCUCUCAAGAGCCUUCGUCAUCGACUUGAUUCACUUGAAGAAACUUCUAAAAUCUCAUCAACUCAAACUGAAACUAAAUCAAUUCGUCAAAUCUCAAAACAAAGUUUAUGUUUAGUCAAAAGAUUAAUGAACCAAACUAGAGUAAUACGACAAGUUUUAAAAGAUUUCAUAUGUUGGGCAGAUACUGAAUUGAUGGCAAGUUUAGCAAGUUCUAAACCGAUCUUACAAUCAACUUAUCAAGACUCAAACCCACAAGAAACCCAUCAUGAUCAAGAAAUGCAAAUAGAUGAAGAGUUUUAUAAUUUGAUUGAUCAAUGUGUAGAUAUCAUUCAAUCUACUUAUCAACUGAAUCUAUUUUUAAGAAAACUUCAACAUCAAUUUCAUGAAUUAAUUCCUACUUUAGGAUCACUUACGAAUUUAUUAAUUAUCAAUCAUAAAAGAUCUCUUCAAUUAAACCUGAUCAGAAAUCAUCAAAUUGAUAAAAAUCGUCAUCAAAAAGAUAAAAGAUUGGAUAGUAGGUUUGUUAGAGUUAGUUCGAAUUUGGUGUGCAAGUUUUUAAAGUCUAUUGAUCCUACUUGUUUGGUUACUGUUCAUCGUUUAAUGAAGAGAUUGGAAUCUUCUUUAGACCAAAGAAGAUAA